ACAUCGAGUUACUUCAUUUUUUAUAACUGACACUGUCAUUUUUGUACUAUUUUAUUUUUGAUAAACAUGGUUUGGAGUACUGUUGAUGAUUUUGAAGAAAGUGAAACAGAAUGUCUACAUUGUGCACCUCCAAAACAACUCGUAGCUUCUCACGCCACCAGCUACUUAGACCACGCUUGUGAACUAGAUGUGAAUUCAGCUCCAUCAUAUGUGAGACUUACAGGAAUCAUUUGUACGAUAGGUCCUUCGUCUUCUAAUGUAGACACAUUAGAAAGAAUGAUGGAGACAGGAAUGAAUAUUGCUCGUUUAAACUUCUCUCAUGGUUCACAUGAGGAACAUGCGCAAUCAAUUCAAAAUAUAAGGACGGCAGCGAACAAUUAUUCUACACGACUUGGACUGGAAUUUCCCAUGGCGAUAGCUGUAGAUGUUAAAGGACCUGAAAUUCGAAUUGGAUAUUUUGAAGGCGGAAUAGAUGCUGAAGUCGAACUUAGAAAUGGCGAACAGAUCAAGCUGACGACUGACAAGGCAUAUUUUGAGAAAGGAAGCGCUAGCGUAAUGUACAUAGAUUAUGACAACAUUCAGAAAGUAGUUCAAGUGGGAAACAGGAUUUACAUAGACAGUGGUGUUAUUUCUUUGAUAUGCACCAAUAUUCAAGGAUCGGUUUUAACUUGUACCAUUGAACAUGGGGGAACCCUUGGUGGUUGCAAAGGAGUUAAUCUACCAGGUGUAGCAAUUGAUCUACCUGUUGUUUCUCUAAAAGACAAAGAAGAUUUACGUUUCGGAGUAGAACAGAAUAUCGACAUAAUAUUUGCGUCCUACAUUCGAGAAGCUGCUGCUCUGACUGAGUUACGGGACGUCCUUGGCCACAAUGGACGCCGAAUAAAGAUAAUUGCCAAAAUCGAGAAUCAGCAAGGAGUGGAAAACAUAGAUGAAAUUAUUAAAGCAUCAGAUGGCAUCAUGAUAGGCAGAAGUGAUUUAGGAAUUGAACUUCCAGUAGAGAAGUUAUUUCUGGCUCAGAAAUCUAUUAUAGCCAAAUGUAACACAUUUGGUAAACCUGUUAUCUGUGCUAAUCAGUUACUUCACUCUAUGACAAAAAAACCACGACCUACUCGUGCCGAAUGUACAGACGUUGCUAAUGCUGUACUGGACGGUGCUGACUGUGUCAUGUUGUCAAUAGAAACUGCUAAAGGGGAGUAUCCUGUUGAGACUAUCCAGACCAUGGCAAAAAUUUGCAAAGAAGCGGAAUCGGCAUUUUGGCAAAGAGAGUUUUUUCAUGAGCUUAGUAGUAAAGUUAUACCUCCUUUGGAGCCAGCUCACGCUAUUGCUAUCGCAGCUGUUGAAACUGCAGCGAAAUGUCUGGCAGCUGCUAUAAUCGUUAUAACAUCGUCAGGCAGGUCGGCUUUUCUUUUAUCGAAAUAUCGGCCACACUGUCCGAUUCUUGCUAUAACACGCUAUGCUCAAACUGCAAGACAAGCCAAUUUACACAGGGGUAUCUUGCCGUUGAUUUACACCGUUGAAAGGCAGGAGGACUGGACAAAAGAUACUGAAUUUAGGAUCAGUUUUGGUGUCAGCUUUGGGAAGUGGAAAGGGUUCAUAAGAGCUGGAGAUCCGGUUGUUGUAAUUAGUGGUUCGCGUAAAGGUUCUGGAAACACGGAUACGCUAAGAGUUUUAUAUGUGACAAAAUCACCAGAUGGUGAACCAUGUGUAUGUGAUAUGAUCGAUUACUCCAAAUUGUAUGGAUGAAUGAAAGCAUAUAUUUUAUAUAAAACAAAUAUUUAAAGA